AUGCAGAGCCCUGAGGCAUCGGGCCCCGGUGCGCUCGCUGGCCUGCCCACUACCCUCAAAUUGGUGAUAGCCUCGCCGUCGACGUCACCGCUCGACCUCAUUAUCUCCCAGACACAGACCAUUACAACGGCUACCCAGACGGCGGCUACCCUCUCACAAAAACAAAUACAAGAAAGCCUACAAUAUGUCAUCUCCAGUCUGUCCUCGUCGUCUGAUUCUGCGGCGGAUCACGUUGUUGCCGCCAGUGGCGACUCCUCCGGCUCAACCGGCAAAGGCAUCUUGAUAGGAAUUCUCUCAGCCUUUGGAUCAGCGGCGAUUGCGUUCGUGGUGCUUGCGAUCUUUUUCUUCUUCAAAUAUACCCGUCACGGGCGGAUUAUGCUCGAUCGCAUUGGUCGUCCGGGUGAAUAUGACGAUGAACAGGCCUUCCUGCGGGAAGAGGAAGCGGCGCUAGAGACGAUGGAUGAUUUGACACGGUCGGAGUACCUACGAGCGAAAGCUUUCGUCCAGGCUAAUCCUCCAGAAUCUAUGCAAACGGAUAUUUCGCUGUCGCAGUUCCUCGCAAUUCAAGAAAAGGGCGUGUCCGCUUGGGAGUUCCAACCAGAAUUAGAGAUUGCCAACUGUUUUGUGGAAGGUCGUACGGAAAUUGAGUUCUUCGACUCGGAGUGCAGCGUGCAGACCAACUUGCCUCUCCCGAAACAGAACGAGGUCUACUACUGGGAGGCCAAGAUCUACGAUAAGCCAGAGUCGACAAUGAUCGGUAUCGGCCUGACGACUAAACCGUACCCUCUCUUCCGAAUGCCUGGCUUCCACAAAACGUCUGUUGCCUACCAAUCUACCGGUCACCGCCGACACAACCAGCCAUUCACACCGACACCGUAUGGCCCUCCGCUUCUCCAAGGCGAUGUCAUCGGCAUCGGCUACCGGCCGCGCUCGGGGACAAUCUUCUUUACGCGCAACGGCAAGAAGCUGGAGGAUGUCGCCCACAACUACCGCGCCCAAAAUUUGUUUCCAACAGUUGGGGCCAACGGUCCCUGCACCGUUCAUGUCAAUUUUGGUCAAAUGGGCUUCGUUUUCAUUGAAGCCAACGUGAAGAAAUGGGGCUUGGCCCCCAUGACAGGGAGCCUGGCCCCGCCCCCACCCUAUGGUAGCGAGCAAGGCAGUAUCUUGCUCGAGUCCGGCCGGGAAAGUGCUGCUUCGAUUUCCCAGCGCGUCUACCAAUCUUAUAAUGCUCGGAACAUUGGGAUUACCCAGGCCGUCAGCCCCGGCCCAAUUCGAUCCCCAACUGAUAUUUCUCUUGCCCAGCUGGCCCACAUUCCAUCUCAUGAGGAUGCUGGGGAGGGCUCCAGCCGUAUUGGGGUGGAUGGAGAAGAUACCAGCACCCCCGUGGCAGAUCCACUAUCAGGCGCGCCCGAUGAUCACGAGGCUCCACCUCCAGAGUACUCGAGUCCUGGAAGCAGCCGUCGAGGCAGCGAUGCUUCUUUAGAAUUCGAUGCCCGAGGCUCUGGUGAAUCGAGCCGGCCUGCGAAUGCCAAUGCGACUGACCUUGAAUCUCAGAACCUGCCGAGCUAUCAAGCCGUGGUUGAUCGGGAUUUCACCGAGCGUCAAUAA